AUGGUGCACAGAUUGAACGCUCACAUUUCCUUUGCGCUCUACAGCGGCUCGCACGCUGUCUGUCUCUUGGUGAACAAGUAUCCCCACUACAGGAUUGUGAACUAUGACAAGCUGGAUUACUGCUCUUCGCUCAAGAACCUCGCCUCGCUGGCCGGCAAGCCCAAUUACAAGUUUGUAAAGGGCAACAUCCUUUCCGCCGAUCUGGUGAACUACAUCCUCAAGGAGGAGGAAAUCGACACCAUCGUGCACUUCGCCGCACAGACUCAUGUCGAUAACUCCUUCGGCAACUCGUUCCAGUUCACUGAGACCAACGUUCUGGGCACUCAUGUCCUGCUCGAGGCCGCCAAGGCUGCUGGCAUCAAGAGGUUCAUUCAUGUCUCGACGGACGAGGUCAAGGGCGAGAGCGUGGAGGCCGAAAAUGACGGCAUCAUGGAGCCCACCAACCCUUAUGCGGCGAGCAAGGCUGCCGCUGAGUUGAUUGUGCGAUCGUACCACCGCUCGUUCAACCUGCCGAUCAUCAUCACGCGCUCGAACAACGUGUAUGGUCCUCACCAGUUCCCCGAGAAGAUCAUCCCCAAGUUCAUCUCCCUGCUGGAGCGAGGAAGGAAGUGCUACAUCCACGGCACCGGUUCCAACAAGCGAAACUACAUCUUCGCCGAAGAUGUUGCCAGGGCGUUCGAUAAGAUCAUCCACCACGGCGUAAUCGGCAAGGUCUACAGCAUUGGCUCGGAUGACUGCUUCUCCAACCUCGAUGUCGCUCGCCGGUUGCUCAAGGCCUUCGGACUGGACGACAAGGAGAGCGAAUACCUGGAGCACGUGGAGGACCGCCUGUUCAACGACUUGAGGUACUACAUCGACACCUCCGAGACCGAAAAGCUUGGCUGGAAGCCCGAGGUCACCUUCGAGGACGGCCUCGCUAAGACCAUCGAGUGGUAUCGCAACCCCGCAAACGCGAGCAACUGGAUCGCGCCCGUCGACACUGCGCUCGUUGCCCACCCGAGGGAGAGCGAAUACCUGGAGCACGUGGAGGACCGCCUGUUCAACGACUUGAGGUACUACAUCGACACCUCCGAGACCGAAAAGCUUGGCUGGAAGCCCGAGGUCACCUUCGAGGACGGCCGCGCUAAGACCAUCGAGUGGUAUCGCAACCCCGCAAACGCGAGCAACUGGAUCGCGCCCGUCGACACUGCGCUCGUUGCCCACCCGAGGGUUGGGUAA